AUGGAGAAAGAGGGAAGCUUGCUAAUUAUUGGUGGGAAGGGAGAAUCUGGAAGUAUUAAAGAUACUUUUAUUACAGAUUACGUGAAUAAUGACUAUUGGUAUGAUGACACUUCUGAUGGUUCCGUAGAUGCUAUUGUUAACAUUACUAAUGACAGAAUAACUAGGCAACUCACAAACAGAGGUAAUUUCAUUUAUAGUCCCAAUAUAAUUCCACUAUGGGUUAUUAACAACGUGUACGUACCUCCAAAGUAUGCGCCAAGUAUUCCCAAUAUUGUAUCGUUAUAUCAAACUAUCUUGGAAACGCAGCAUCCCGUUGAUCCAGAAAAUCCAGUAAUUGAUCUCGUAAUACCAGAACGUAUGCGCAAUGAGGUGCAAUAUUAUCGCGAUAUUCGCCCAAUUUUUGAAUCUAUCUGUAAAAAUUCUUGGGUCAAUGAGAUGGCCCAAAAGGGUCAUGGUCUAGAUAAACCGGGUAACUUUCUAGAUCCCGUACUAGAGAGAAAAUUAUGUGAUAACGGAGAUAACAAUAAAGAUUUGAGGAGAAGCAUUUUAUUUCGUGUUCGAAUACCUGCAGAGCUCGCAACUUUAUUUGAAUACAAUGGACAAGCUUAUAAUUACUUCAUGCCACCAUUAUCUGGAAACAAUGGAGAUUUAAACCCUGGUGAUCCGGAUACGUAUUUAACCGUUACUCGUGAAAUGGGCGGAAGGGCGAUUUGUGCCGGGAAUCAAACUACCAGACUACACAGUAAUGAUACUGUGGAUCAUGAUUUACGAAAACCUACAUAUUCAAAAGAUGACGGGAAAACAUAUAGUUUUCAGGAAAUGUGCCCUAACCUCGAUCUACAAGUGAAGCUUCUCAACAAGGCUGCACUUGAGUGGUGUGUCGGAGGUCCAUUCUAUCCCGGAAUUGAAAUGACUUAUUUGGCUUAUGACAAGAAUACAUUUCAUACUGAAUUUGACUUUAGGAUAAAUUCAGACGUGAUUCAACCUGGAGAUAUCAAUGCAUACAUGGCCUUACCUUGGCAAGCCGAUUUUAACGAAUGCAGCACAAAUUGGUGGCCAGCUCAAAGACCUGAUAUUGCGAUCCCAGAGGAAAAUAUAAGGGAGUUGAACUUUGUGGACUGGACUCGAGGCUUCAGAAGCGAUGAUCCAAACGAAGGUGUGCCUCAGUGGGGUGAUAUGGAUAUGGUUAGAUCAUGGAAUAUGUUGGGAUUUAUUGUAGAGAAGCAAAUUCCUGAUAAAAACACUAAUGCAUUCGUUGAGGUCGAACGCGGAAAAAUUUACGAACUCAGCAUCGGUAAUAUCACAAGUGACUUUUAUACACUAGAUAACCUUUAUGGUAUACUUAAUAUCGCAUUACAGGUUGAACUUAGCACUAUCCCACCAUACCUCUAUGCUAUGUACUCUAUUAAACCGAAAAAUAAUAUCGGUGACGCCGCUGACGCUAUUAUGUAUAAAAUUCGUCACGUUGCUGCAGAGGAGAUGUUACAUGCAUCCCUUGUAGCAAACCUUAUCACUGCAAUUGGACACAAGCCUAUAUUUUAUUCCCCGGAUGUAAUCCCUUUUUAUCCGAAUCCUCUUCCCCACUUUAAAGAAGGUUUACUUAUGAUCCAUUUGUCAAAAGCUGAUAAAAAAAAUUUCGAUACAUUUAUGAAAAUCGAGGAACCUCAUUCACCUGUUAACCGCACUCCUCCUAAUCACCCUGGACUUCCUGAUCCCUCGAUUAAUUUUAAUAGCAUAGGGGAACUUUACCAAUUGAUCAUGGACCUCUUCGAUAAACUUGACAAAAAAGGAGAAAUUCCAUAUGAUACGCAAUAUCAGCUUGAACCUGGAAUGGGUUACGCUCCGAGUACAGGAACAGGAAGUGAUGGACUGAUUGUUGUUAAAGACAUUAGCGAGGCUGAAUGUGCAAUAAAAUUGAUUAUUGAUCAGGGUGAAGGAAAACCACGCCAAGCUGAUAUGGAAAAAUCCAAGGAAAUAUUGUUGGGACAAUUAGAGGUGAAACUAAAGCUAAAGGGAACGAUUGAAAAAGCAAAAAUUCAAGGAGAAAUCAAAGAAGAUCCAACUUUUGGGACAAUUAUAGAUGGAAAAAUUAUAGAAGGAAUAAUCAAAGUAGUCACCAGUUUUGAAUCAGAAGGAGAUCGAAUCAUCGAACGAAUCAUUGAAGAAGGAAAGUUUAAAGUAAAAUUUGAAAAUAUAGGAGAAGGAAUCAACUUUGAAAAAAGUUUCAACACAUUACUUACUGGCGGAAACAUUGAAGAAAACUCUCACUAUAAUACAUUCAGAAUUUGUAAAAUAUAUGCCGAAUAUGCAAGUGAGUCUGAAUAUCAGCUUUGGCCCGUUAUUGAUGAUCCAAAUUUAUCAUCCUACACUGAUUCAAAAAUAAUCGCUACCGCCAAUGCAUUCAAUGCUGCAUAUUCUUACCUUAUGAUUUUGCUGCAAUAUACUUGGAGAACAGAUAACAAGAAAGAAAAGGAGAAAAGAGAGUUAGUGAUUGGAGGGAUGCCGGCAUUGAUGCAUGGUGUUCUAAGGCCUAUUGCGACGUUCCUUGCUGAACAACCGAUUUCAUCUGAUACAAAUGCGGGAGCCACCUUUGGCUAUUAUAUAUUCACUAACUAUUCCAGUCUGAAAAAUCAGUUGAUAGCAGCUGUUAAAGAAGCUUCUAAGGCAUUUCCAGAUAAUGACAAGUUGACAACUGCAGCGAAU